GUGCUUUGAAUAUACAAUUUGAAUAUUCAAACCCACAAAAAAUAUUAUUUAAGCAUUAGAUACAAAAAUGUCAAGCCAUAAUGAGACGUAUUUAACUGCGCAGUUGAAAGAGCACUUCGACAAAGAAGAGGAAGUUUUAAAUAUUUUGGUUAAUCUGGAGCAAGCUUUUCGUGAAAUUUACAAGUAUUUUCAAUGUGAAAUGCAGAAACAGAUGAUACUCAUCGAGAGACUAUGGCUACUGACUCAACGAUAUCUCAUCUUGAUCAGUUCAGUCCCAGGUUGUCGAUAUCCUCAGGUUUAUACUCUAUCCGCAGAGGAGGCGAUAAUUAAUGAGUACGAGGAAAAAAUAGAAAUUCUACGCGCUGCAACGGAUAGUAUGCAAGAUGCCAUACUGAAUUUAAAACAGGAUUGCAAGCAGUUCAAUAAAAUUUACAACCAACUAAAUAAACGCAUAGGGACCCCUUUGAUAAUGGGCGAUGAGCAUCAUCAAAGUAUUCAGUGCCACAAAAUUAUGAUAACAGACAUUUUUAACUAUUUUUAUUCUACUGUAUUAAAAAUCAAGUGUUAUGUGCAUCAGUUGGACCCCAUUAACUUAGAAAGUGUUGAGGAUUAUCGUGAACUAUUAAAGAAGGAGACCGAAUAUGAGGAUUUUCAAGAUUACCUCAUGCAUUCAUUUGUAUAUUGCAAGUGCCUACAAUCCAGACCCACGUGUCCCAUACAAAAGCUGAAAUGUUAUCACAAGAUUGAAACCUUGAAACAUACAAGUCGUAUCUAAGGUCGAAGUAAAUUUAAUUACUGUCUGAUAUGUGAAAGAUACGCUAAAUUUGGACAUUCGUUACUUUUAUCUCUUAUCUGAACCAUAACAUCUGUAGUGAACAUAUGUUGUACAGUAAUAUAUAUGUAUGUCGAUACUUGCAGCAGAAAGUAAUAAUUAAGAAAACUAAUAUUACAUAUAUGUACAUAAUAAUGCAUAUAUAAUACAUUUAAAAUAUACCAUACUGUAAAAAAUA